UGUUUCUUCAACCUAAGGUUGUAUAUAAACCAACUGAGUUUCCAUACUCAAAAUGUUUUGAAAAUGGAACGAACCGACUGAAUUGUGAAAAGCUUAAUAUGAGUUACGGAAGACAAGAGAAAGAGAGUGUGUGGCCACCAGGGCCAUACGCAAUACCAAUGUGUAAAUAUGGCUGUCCGGAAUCACAGUCUCGGGGAUGGUUGAAAAGCAAAUUAAAAGUCAAGAUGGUAGAAUUGAGUAAAAAUUCAGAAAGUGUCUCUACAGUGUUGGGUAGGAAUUGGGACCCCGAUUCCUCAUUCAUAAACGAUGACUAUUUUAAAUCGCCGCAUCGUCUAGAAAAUUGGACGCAUUUUUAUUUUUGCGUGAAAUUCCGUAAUGACACUGCGCUUGAUAAGGAACAAUGGAUUCCAGGAAACUACAGCAUUUAUAAGAUCGGAUCUUCAUGUCCCACGGAAUUUGAAGAAUCCACUAGAACAUAUCCUGUCACUGAAUUUGUGUCGCAUGGUCAAGUUCCAGAUUUUGCAGUGAGUGAAAAAGGGCAAUCUGAAAUGCUAACUAAAAUUCUCCACAUUUCAAUUUGUACAAAAAAGAAUUUGGCUGACAUGGGAUACGUUCAAACAAAUGAAACAUUUAGAUUGUUAGAGACUGAUUUCAUUCUUGAAAAGGAGGCAGGUACAAAUUGCUCCCAGUUCAACGUAACAACGGUGUCUCAGGGAGAGACUCACUGUUUCUAUAACCAAAAAGUCCAAAACACUGGUUAUGAAAUGACAACAGUUAAUGAUUUUGAAUGGUAUUUCAUUGACUGUAAGCGUUCACUUGAGGUAGUUAUGAUUGACAUCAACUCUAGACACUUGGAAAAUACCUAUUUCAAAUGUUUUGUUAAUGAUGUACCCGGGAAUUUUGGGGAAUCUUCAGUGUGUAACACAGAAACUACCACUCUUCCAGGAAAAGUAUAUCUAAGGAGAACACGAGGUCGUAUUUUUACAUUUGUAUUGAAGGCACACAUAACUGGCGACAUGUUAUUUCAGGUGUUCAUAUCGAGUAUAGAAGCACAAAAUGGUGAGGCAUGCUUUGAAAGUAUUGAAAUAGAAGACAAACACGUACCAAACAGUCAGAUCACUGUUUCCUCUGGAACCACAAAUCAAAUAUCUACAAAUACAAACACUAUUUUCACUGGUUGGAUUCAUGAUGAUUCAGAUUUGACACCUUGGAUAUUGAUUGAUUUAGUUGCUGCAACAACAAUAGAAGGAGUUGGUGUUUACGUUUCCCAAACAUGUGACAUGUGGACCACUUUCGAUUUAUAUUUCGGCAACAAUAAGGAUACCUUACAGUUGUACAAGGAUAUGGAAUUUAAAAUAUUUCCACCUGAAAACUGGUGGAAUAUAGAUCAAAUGUUCAUUCUUCCGAGACCAAUCAAUGGGAGAUACGCAAAAUUCAAACAUUCACUGGGAAAGCCAACAGGCAAAUCCAGAUGUCUUAAUUUCAAAGUGUUCGGCUGUAAACUGACACGUAUAACUGACAUUAACAGCAACAAAUCAUCUGAAAUGAUGCCUCUUGAACAUGAAUUGCUAUCUGGAGACUCAACUGUCUUGAAUACAAAUCUUACGAGUUGUCUUGAACUUUGCAGUAUUCAAAACAAUUGCAGUGUUGCCAGUUAUAAAAUAUCGUCAACUAAAUGGGGUUUUAUUGAAACGAUUAUAUUAUGA